AUGUCAGCUACGUUAGAGAGUGCUUUAACCGGAGCGUUAGCGUCCUGUCUGGCCAAUACGAUCGUGUAUCCUUUAGAUCUGAUAAAGGCUAUUAUACAGACGCAACAGAAAGAUGAUCAGAACGAGGAUCAGGAUGAAACGUCAGCCGAGAAAAAUGAGACCAAAUAUCGCAAUUUGAUGACUGUCUUGUUGGACAUCAUCAAGGAAAAAGGUCUCACUGGAAUCUACAGAGGUCUCCCUGAAUCCAUUGCCGCAGGCUUUGUGCAGAACUUUUCGUACUUUUUCUGGUACAGCAAUGCCAGAAAUUGGUACUAUAGGUUGAAAAUGGCUCGGCACAAAUCCAAGUCUUUUUCGACAACAGAGGAACUUAUAUUAGGAAUUGUCGCUGCUUCAAUAUCCCAGGUAUUCACGAAUCCCAUUGGGGUUCUGGCAACUUGCAAACAGACUUCUGCAGAUACUAGCCGGUCUAAUAUCUUAGAGAUAGCGCGGGACGUUUACCGUCAAAACGGCAAGAUUACAGAUUUUUGGCGAGGCUUCAAAGUGUCUCUUGUUUUGACCAUUAACCCUUCGAUCACGUAUACCUCGUAUGAGCGGUUAAAAACCAUUUUUUUGAAACUUAAUCAGUUCACCGACAGUGGAAUCGCAGAUACUUCUGCUCAACUGACACCCGGCCAAAACUUUCUUUUAGGCGUCAUUUCUAAGAUUAUUUCGACACUUGUCACGCAACCUCUGAUAGUGUCUAAAGCGUGUCUGCAAAAAGCAGGCUCCAAAUUCACCACUUUUCAAGAAGUCUUGGUAUACCUCUACAAAAAAGGUGGAAUAUUGAACCUUUGGAGAGGCCUCGUUCCGCAAAUUUUGAAAGGUGUUCUGGUUCAGGGCUUUUUGUUCAUGUUCAAAGGCGAGCUUUCAAAACUUUUGCGGGUUCUUUCCCUUUAUCUGAAGGUUGCCGUUACACGCAGAUAUAAAAUUACCUGA